CACGUCUGAACUGAUGAAAAUACUUAAGACAAAAAGAUUUCACAUCUGCCCAAAGAGUCGUACUGUUCGCAACACGAUACCACCGACACUGCCUGGCAGCCACAAUCAUAAAUCAUGAAGGAUAUCGGCAUCUUCCCGGCCUCUGGUGGCCUCGGCGGGAGCACCUAUCGGCACCUGCUCAAGCUCGUCCCUAACGACCACGUUACUCUCAUCUGUCGGCACCCGGAAAAGGUAGAAGAGGAAUAUAGGCAGGCGGGCGUGGCAGUGCGCCGGGCGUCGUAUGAGUGUACGCCGCAGGAGCUCGAGGUGGCCUUCAGCGGCCUCGACGUGCUGUUCCUCGUCUCGUACCCGAGCCACGUGCACGAGUACAGAGUGAAGGUUCAAUUGCCCGCGAUCGACGCCGCGCGCCGGGCUGGGGUUAAGCACAUUUUCUACAGCAGCCUCGGCUUCGCUGGCGACGCUUCCUCCGGCUUGCCGAGUUCCAAGUCCCAGGCAGUGGUCAUGCAGGCGCAUCUGAGCAGCGAGAAAUACCUAAGCUCUCUUGCUCAAUCCGACCCAGGCUUCACGUACACAUCGAUACGCGAAGGCCUGUACUCGGAAUCUUAUCCCAUUUACACAGCAUUCCUGGACCCCAAGAAUGCACCGGACGGGGCGGAGGUGACCAUCCCUCACGAUGGCAGUGGUCCUGGUGUGACCUGGGUCAAACGAGAUGAGCUCGGAGAGGGCUCAGCCAAGCUCAUCGCAAAAUACUGCGGUGUGGGCGGGCAGUUUCCACAGCAGCUGGUCAACGGGACGGUGCUGCUGUCCGGGACGACCGAGAUCAGCCUCGCCGAGACAGUGGGGGUCCUAGGAAGGGCAGUGGGCAAGUCGUUCAAGAUCCGAGAGGUCCCUGUCGACGAGUAUGUCAAGCUGCCGCAGGUGGUGAAGCAGUUUGGGGACGAGGAGAAGGCGAGGACGUGGGCGACCGCGUGGGUGGCAAUCCGAGCUGGGGAGACAUCUCUGGCAACGAAGGACCUGGAACAGCUUCUGGGUAGGAAGCCGGAGGAGUACGAGAAGACGAUCCAAGCCCUAUUGGCGUGAAUUCAAAACUUGUAGCCUUUGUGCCAGAAGUAUAGAUAGGCUCCAACCAGGCUCAGAACGGACGGAGCAAGAUCCAUCUCCAACACAGACC